AUGCCCAGUCCCCUUUUGUGGAGAGCUGUGUCGAGCGCAGCGAGAUCUCUGACUGUCGCUCAGAUCCUGUUAUUCUUGCCAUUGACGUUAUCAACUCUAUCAACGCCUGCAUUCUCUUUCCUUUCCCUUUGUCACGCUGUGCAUGCCUUCAUACACGGCACUCUCGUUCUAUUAUGGGGAUCACCUAAUUUAACCGUGCUCCAAUUACCUAUCCAUCCAUUCUUGCUUCUCCUCUGCUUCAAUGUUUUCUCGUCCAAUGUCAAUCCGUGGAUACUUACUGCUUCGCGGUGGUGGGCUUAUACCUUGUCUCUAUGGGGACCAUUCUUCUUUUUAUUGGAAGGACUAUCGUCUUUGAUUGUAGCUCAGAGGCUCGGACAGAUGGGAAAGAGACUUAUUGAGCAAGCCGAUAGCGAAGUCUAUCAAUUCACUCUCCUUGUCGCCGCCGCGGUGACCUAUGUGUUAUCCGCGUAUUGGUGUGUGAUUGCUUAUCCUGCCGCGGCCUCUUCCCCGUUGUCGUCGACUUUCCUCGGGGUCGCACUCACCGCGCUCGUGUUCCUCACACUCAUCGGUUUUGUGUUGAAGAAGACAAAUAUCAUAGAGUCCUCCGCUAUCAGUCUUUUCAUUGCUUAUAAUCUCUGGCUCUGUGGGGUUGAUCAAAAUCAGGCAUAUUUUCCCGAAACCGCAUCUUCAUAUGUUCCACUUAUUGGCAACCUAAAACCGCAUUUUGACGUUCUGCAGAAUUUCGUGACCAACACGUUGCCUAAACCUCUUCUGAUCACCCUUGUGUAUCGACUCAGUAUUCUUCAAUAUGCAUCGCGUAUCCUGCCAACUAUCGGUACAGAUAACUGGGACUCUGAUAAUGGUACAGAGGAAGAUCGACCAACCUCUACAUUGAUCCGAAUAUUACUCAAUUAUAGACAGCUCCUGUUCGUCAACGUGUAUUCACACCUUUUACUCCUCGACCAGUCCUCUGCUGUUUGGUGGCGAUGGGCAAACGUAUUCUUCACACUCGUACUUUGGGGCGUGGAGUUGGUGGUUAGUUCUGACGAUGAUGUUGUCAAGGAUUGGAAAGUUGAAUAG